CCCACUUUAAUGCCAUUUAUUCUCACUUUAAUGCCAUUUUUUCUCACUUUAAUGCCAUUUUUUCCCACUUUAAUGCCAUUUAUUCUCACUUUAAUGCCAUUUAUUCCCACUUUAAUGCCAUUUUUUCCCACUUUAAUGCCAUUUUCUCCCCGUUUUCCCCAGAUCCCGGAGCUGCGGAAGCGCUCCCGCCGCGAGUACCUGGCCAAGCGGGAGCGGGAGAAGCUGGAGGAGCUGGAGCAGGAGAUCCAGGACGAGGAGCUGCUCUUCGGGGAGGAGGCGCUGACGGCGCCCGAGCGCCGCGAGCUGCGCUACAAACGGCGCCUGCGCGACCUGGCCCGCGACUACAAACGGGCCGGGGCCCGCGAGGAGCUGGAGAGGAGCAGCCGCUACCACAUCCCCGAGGAGAGCAGGGACAAGAAGAUCCCGGAGCGGGAGGAGGCGCAGGAGGAGGCGCUGGCGCCGCGGGACGAGCAGCGGCGCUGGGAGGAGCAGCUGCUGGGAGCGGCCGCGCUGCGCUUCGGGGCCCGCGACGCCCGCGCCCGGCACGGCCCCGACUACGAGCUGCUGCUGGAGGAGGAGGAGAUGGUGCAGUUCGUCAGUGCCGCUCAGUUAGAGGGGACAGACCCCCAGAAGGAUGUCCCCGAGGCCGUCCCCGAGGCCGAGCGCCGCCGGCAGUCGCUGCAGGACGGCCGCCGGGCCCUGCCCAUCUUCCCCUUCCGGGACGAGCUGGUGGCGGCCGUGGCGCAGCACCAGGUGCUGGUGAUCGAGGGCGAGACGGGCUCGGGGAAAACCACCCAGAUCCCCCAGUACCUGCACGAGGAGGGCUACACGCGGGGGGGGCUGAAGAUCGGCGUGACGCAGCCGCGGCGCGUGGCAGCCAUGAGCGUGGCAGCCAGGGUGGCCGUGGAGAUGGGGACAAAGCUGGGCAACGAGGUGGGGUACAGCAUCCGCUUCGAGGACUGCACGUCGGAGCGCACGGUGCUCAAGUACAUGACGGACAGGAUGCUGCUGAGAGAGUUCCUGACAGAGCCCGACCUGGCCUCCUACAGUGUGAUCAUGGUGGACGAGGCUCACGAGCGCACCCUGCACACGGACGUGCUCUUCGGCCUCAUCAAGGACAUCGCGCGAUUCCGGCCGCAGCUGAAGGUUCUGGUGGCCUCGGCCACGCUGGACACCGAGCGCUUCUCGGCCUUCUUCGACCACGCGCCCGUCUUCCGCAUCCCGGGGCGGCGCUUCCCCGUCGACAUCUACUACACCAAGGCACCUGAGGCCGAUUACCUGGAGGCCUGCGUGGUGUCGGUGCUGCAGAUCCACGUCACCCAACCCCCUGGGGACAUCCUGGUCUUCCUCACCGGGCAGGAGGAGAUCGAGGCCUGCGUGGAGCUGCUGCAGGAGCGCUGUCGCCGCCUGGGCUCGCGCCUGCCCGAGCUGCUGGUGCUGCCCAUCUACGCCAACCUGCCCUCGGAGCUGCAGGCCCGCAUCUUCCAGCCCACGCCCCCCGGCGCCAGGAAGGUGGUGGUGGCCACCAACAUCGCCGAGACCUCGGUGACAAUCGAUGGCAUCGUGUACGUGCUGGACCCCGGCUUCUGCAAGCAGAAGAGCUACAGCGCCCGCACGGGCAUGGAGUCCCUGGUGGUGACACCGUGCUCCAAGGCCUCAGCCAAUCAGCGGGCAGGCCGCGCUGGCCGUGUGUCACAGGUGUCCCAGUGUGUCCCAGGUGUGUCCCAGGUGUGUCCCAGGUGUGUCACAGGUGUCCCAGUGUGUCCCAGGUGUGUCCCAGUGUGUCCCAGGUGUGUCCCAGGUGUGUCACAGGUGUGUCCCUGUCCCCAGGCCUCAGCCAAUCAGCGGGCAGGCCGCGCUGGCCGCGUGGCACCCGGGAAGUGUUUCCGGCUCUACACGGCCUGGGCGUUCCAGCACGAGCUGGAGGAGACGGCGGUGCCCGAGAUCCAGAGGGCCGACCUGGGGGCACUGGUGCUGCUGCUCAAGAGCCUGGGUAUCAACGAUCUGAUCCACUUUGACUUCCUGGACCCUCCCCCCCACGAGACGCUGGUGCUGGCGCUGGAGCAGCUCUACGCCCUGGGGGCCCUGAACCACCUGGGGGAGCUCACCACGCUGGGCCGGCGCAUGGCGGAGCUGCCCGUGGAGCCCAUGUUGGCCAAGAUGAUCCUGGCGAGCGAGCAGUAUGGCUGCACGGAGGAGGUGCUGACGGUGGCCGCCAUGCUCUCGGUGAACAACGCCGUGUUCUACCGGCCCAAGGACAAGGUGCUGCACGCCGACAGCGCCCGCGUGGCCUUCAGCGUGCCCGGGGGCGACCACCUGGUGCUGCUCAACGUCUACAACCAGUGGGUGGCCAGCGGGCACUCCCUGCAGUGGUGCUACGAGCACUUUGUGCAGGCGCGCUCCCUGCGCCGGGCCCGCGACGUGCGGGAGCAGCUGCAGGGGCUGAUGGAGCGCGUGGAGAUCGCCCCGUCCUCCUGCGGGGGCAACCUGGACCUGGUCCGCAAGGCCAUCACGGCCGGGUUCUUUUACCACACGGCGCGCCUGGCACGCGGCGGGUACCGCACGGUGAAGCACCAGCAGCCCGUGUUCAUCCACCCCAACAGCGCCCUGUUCGCCCUGCAGCCCCGCUGGGUGCUCUACCACGAGCUGGUGUGCACCUCCAAGGAGUUCAUGAGACAGGUGAUCGAGAUCGACAGCGCCUGGCUGCUGGAGGUGGCCCCCCACUAUUACCAGGCCAAGGAGCUCGAGGACGGCAGCGGCCGCAAAAUGCCCAAAAAAACCGGAAAAUCACGGGAGGAGCUGGGCUGACCCUGGGGACACUUGGGGACACUUGGGGACCCCCCAAUACAGCCCCGGGGCAGAGCCCCGCGCUCGGGGACGCCGCUGUCCCCAUGUCA